AUGUCGAUGGAUAUAACUUUCCUCGGCACAGGCUCAGCGUAUCCCUCCCCAACAAGAGGGGCGUCAGCGUUAGUGCUUCGCAGGGAAGGAGAGUGCUGGCUCUUUGACUGCGGAGAGGGAACGCAGACACAGUUCAUGAAGAGCCAUCUCAAAGCAGGCAGGAUCACCAAGAUUUUCAUAACUCAUCUUCACGGUGACCACUUUUUUGGACUUCCUGGCUUGCUGUGUACACUCAGCCUCCAAAGUAGCCCUGACCCAAACAGACGCCCCGUUGAUAUUUAUGGACCGUUAGGACUGCGACACUUCAUAUUACCUACUCAGGACCAGUGCCCUGCGGAAGAAUUUAAGGAGUUUUCUUACUUGGACAGAGAUGAGGUCUCUCCCCAGGGAGCACAAGGGAGAAUACUCCACCUGGAUCCAGUAGAACACUCGUACUUGCUGGUUGAGGAUGAGCAGCUGGUUCUGAAAGCAUUUCGCCUGUUUCACCGCAUUCCUUCCUUUGGCUUUGUGGUGGAAGAGAAGCCCCGGACCGGUAAACUCGAUGUACAGAAACUGAAAGACCUUGGAGUUCAACCAGGUCCUUUAUAUGGGAAACUGAAAAACGGAACUGCAGUUGUUCUAGAAAAUGGAGUAACGAUUUCUCCUUCUGACGUCUUGGAAGACCCUAUUCCUGGAAGAAAAAUUUGCAUUUUGGGGGAUUGUUCAGGGGUGGUUGGAGAUGCAGCCGUGAAGCUCUGCUGUGAAGCAGAUGUACUGAUCCAUGAAGCCACGCUGGACGAUACCCAAGAGGAAAAGGCCAGAGAGCAUGGCCAUAGCACUCCAAAAAUGGCGUCGGAUUUCGCGAAACUGUGUAAAGUCAAGAAACUGGUUCUGACUCACUUCAGCCAGCGAUACAAACCCGCCGCUCAGAGAGGCGAGGGAGAUACGGACAUCACUGAACUGAGGAGACAGGCAGAGUCAGUGUUAGACGGUCAAGAAGUAACACUAGCUGAGGAUUUUAUGACAAUAGACAUUCCGAUGAAGAAGAAAAAGCAGCGGUGUUAG